AUGCGCUAGGACCGCGGGGACCAGAGCGCAAACGGAAUGGGCGCACUUUGGGUAGUAUAGCCUCAACUGAGGGAGUUUGGAGACUGACUGAGGCAUACAUACAAAUCCUCACUUUAUUUUGAGAAUUUUCAGUGGAGCAGAUGAGGACCAAACCUCCUUCUUUAUUCUGUUUUCCGCUUUCAGUUUAAAUCCAGGUUGGCCGUGCGUGAGAGUGCGGAGACCUCCCGAGAAUCGAGGAGAAAAGCGAGGAAAACUUUGAAAAAAGUCUCGAAACAAGACAGGAAAGUUGCAGAACGGACUUUAUUCAUUGCUUCCUUUGGAAAUAACAGUGACUCGGACUCUAUGUGCGUCAGUUCUGCAGUAAAUCAGCGCUGAUUGACUUUCAGCAGGAAAGAUAACGGUAACUUGGACACUCCCAUGAAUCCUAAAAUAAGAGUAAAUCUAUUUUAGUCUAUAUGCCUCCAUGAUUCUGAAAGCAAACGCUAUUAUAGUCGUUGGUAACUCUUGGAUGGACCCCACUACUUUGGAUCUAUGAGCAUUUUGGAGCAAAGGGGAGCCGUGCGCCCAGGCUGCCAUGACAUAACGGGACAUUUGGGAAAUCAGCGUCUCUGAAUGUUUCUGUGAUGACCGGAUGAGAUGGAAGUUCAUUGUUAAGUGACUGACUUUUACAAUUCAUUCAUUUAUUUAAGCCCCACAGGAUCAGUUGUCUUCUCCUCCCGUUUUUAAACUCCAACCGAGAUCUUCACGGUGGAGUUAUGGGAUGACUGGAGGCGGGGGUGCAGCUGAGGUGAGAUCCAGGCGAAGGACAAUGGUUGCGCCCGCAGCUGGCAUCCCUCUGUGGCCGGGGCAUCUGGUCCUGAUGCUGCUGCUUCUGCCAACCUGCGGAGCGGGACUCGUCCAGGUUUGCCCCGGGCCGCUUGCCUCCACCAACGGCUGCAGCUGCGCGGAGGAUCGCCCCAAGACGCACGGGGCUCAGCCUGUGGGCAGAAGGGUGAGCUGCAGCAAGGAGGAGCUGGUGGAACUUCCUGACUUCAGCUUGUUCCCCAACAGGACGGUCACUCUAAUACUGAGCCAUAACAAAAUUGGACUUCUGAGAAAUGGAUCCUUCAUUGGACUUCACUCCUUGGAAAAGCUGGACCUAAAGCACAACCUCAUCAGCACCAUCAUGCCUGGAGCCUUCCAAGGCCUGUCUGAGCUUCGCAAGCUAGACCUGUCCAACAACCGGAUUGGCUGCCUGACUGCAGACAUGUUUCAGGGAUUGACCAACCUCACUAAACUAAACCUUUCUGGCAAUAUUAUCUCGACCCUGGAUAAAGGAGUGUUUGAUGAGCUGCCUUCACUCAAGAAUCUAAACUUCAACUCAGACUACUUGUCCUGUGACUGCGGGCUGCGUUGGAUGCCGAGUUUCUUUCGCAACAAAUCAGUGCGUGUUGGAGAGGAAACCUUGUGUGCCUACCCCAGGACACUGAGAGGAAAACCCUUGCGAGGACUGAGAGAAAUACAGCUCAGCUGUGAUGGUCCACUUGAGCUCCACACCCUGUCGCUGCUGCCAUCCCAGCGUCAGGUGGUUUUCAGAGGCGACCGGCUGCCCUUCCACUGCACUGCUGCCCUGGUGGAUAAGACCACUGGAUUGCACUGGCGUCACAACGGCCAACUGGUAACGUCUGACACUGAGAGAGGAGUCCAGCUGGAGGAUAGUGUGGUGCAUGACUGCACCUUCAUCACCAGUGAGCUUAUACUAUCCAACGUUCACGUGGAAGCAAGCGGAGAGUGGGAAUGUGUGGUUACUACCGGACGGGGCAACACCUCUCGCACUGUUGAAAUCGUAGUGCUGGAGAACAGCGCCUCCUUCUGCCCAGAAGACAAAGUUGUUAACAACCGCGGGGAGUUCAGGUGGCCGAGAACUUUGGCGGGCAUUACCUCCCAUCAGUACUGUCUGCAGCUUCGUUACCCCUCCUUGUCUGUGGAGGGGGUGAUGGAGCAGAAAAAAGCCUCUCGAUACUGUGACCGAUCCGGAAAGUGGCACGAGGGAGACUAUUCCAACUGCCAGUACACUAAUGGCAUCACACGUGUCUUGCAUACCUUCAUCUUGACACCCAUCAAUGCAUCCAAUGCCGUCACUGUGGCCCGUCAAGUGCGAACAUAUACGCUGGAGGUGGCAGGUUUCACUGACUCAGUGGACGUGCUGUACAUUGCCCAAAUUAUGGAGAAGUUAAUGGAAUAUGUCAGACAGCAGCGAGAGUUGUCAGAGGUCAUUGUUGAUAUGGGCAGCAACCUGAUGCAGGUGGAUGACCAGAUACUUGCUCUUGCUCAGAGAGAAAAAAAAGUAUGCAGCUCCAUUGUCCACUCCCUGGAAACUCUAGCCUGGCCUCAGUUGCAUGGUGAAGCUCAAGACUUCUCUAUGGUGUCUAAGAAUAUAGUGAUGGUGGCCCACCUGAUCCGACCAGCCCACUUCACUGGUAUAACCUGCACUGCAUAUUAUCACCGUGAGGCGCCAACAGGACGCCUAGGAGUGGAGAUGUCAGAGUCUGGACCUGGUCAACGUCUUCAUUUCCGCUGCAGCACUGGCUCCCAUAACACCUCCCUUAACAACUUCCCCCUAAAAAACUCUGUAGCACUGGCUUCUGUGACUCUUCCAGCCACUUUGUUUCCCCCGGAUGCCACUGCGGACUGUAAGCUGCAGUUUGUGGCUUUCCGAACUGGAAGCUUUUUUCCUGUGCUGCCAAACUCCAGUAAUAAUCUGGAACAAUCACGCAGAAGAAGUGUCAACACUCCUGUCAUCUUUGUAGGCCUCGACGGCUGCACUAUGUGGAACUACUCUGAUCCCAUCUGGGUGUCCCUACGCCACUUGAACCCAGGCACUGAUGCAGUGGCAGCCCAGUGGAGCCACACAGCACCAGGGAAGCUGGGAGGCUGGAGUCAGCAAGGCUGCCAGCUCAUCCACAGUGACGGCAGCACAUCCAUGAUACGCUGCUCUGUGCUCGGCAACUAUGCGGUGCUGCAGGAAGUACCCAUCUUCCCUAACUCCAGCUCAGCCUCUGUGAGUGUGCUCCACCCUGUGGUCUACACGUGCACUGCAGUGCUGCUUCUCUGCCUCUUCACCAUCAUCAUCACACACAUAAUACACUACAGUUCGAUACAGAUAUCAAGAAAAAGUUGGCACACCCUGCUGAAUACUUGUUUCCACAUCGCCAUGACAUCAGCUGUCUAUGCAGGAGGCAUUAGCCUUACCAGCUAUCCUCUAGUCUGCCAGGCCGUGGGCAUUGCUCUUCACUACUCCUCACUAUCGACACUGCUGUGGAUCGGGGUUAGCGCCAGGGUAAUCUACAAAGAAGCUGUGUGGAGAACGCCCCGUCAGACAGAAGGAGAGUCUUCCCCUCCACCCACUCAGCGACCUAUGCUCAGGUUCUAUUUAAUAGCGGAUGGGGUUCCUCUCAUCAUUUGUGGAAUCACUGCAGCUGUCAAUGUCAACAACUAUGGAGACAAUAGCCCCUACUGCUGGCUGAUCUGGCGCUCAAGUCUAGGGUCUUUCUUUGUCCCUGCUGGUUUAGUGGUCUUGGUGACCUGGAUUUAUUUCCUGUGCACUGUGAUUCGCCUCAGGCACCGUGUGUCCAAAGAAUGCACAGGAACCACCCUGUCCUCUCCUGGGACAGAGGGUCUUCCUGCACUGGCAGGGAGCACCAGCCUUCUCUCCACAGACUCCGGGGGGAGGCCUAUAACCCCAGCUGUGCCUCCAGAGGAUCAGUACUCACUGAAGACACAGUUCUCCGUGUUGGUAGCCACCCAUUCUCUGUUUGCGGCUCUUUGGUGUUGUGGAGCCAUGGCAGUGUGGCUAACAGGACGCACAAGCUUGCUGUUCAGCUGUCUCUAUGGGAUUGUCGCCACGGUUUUAGGGGUGUUUCUGGUGGUGCACUACUGCUUCCGACGUCGUGAUGUGCAGGCGUCAUGGCUGGGUUGCUGCCCGGGCUAUCGUCGUUCCCAUCCCAUGUCUACUUUUACAAACACUUGCACCACUGGAAACGGAGUGCAAACAUCUGAACAAGGAUCCCAGCUCUUUGUCAACUGCCAUCCACCUGCUGAAUCUCAUAACUCUCAUAACUCAUCCUCAGCCAGGUCAUCUUCUACGCCAAGUGGGAUCAGCAGCAUGGGACCUGGGCCGUGCAAGCUCACAAACUUGUUGCAGGUGGCGCAGGAGAAUCAAGGCAACUCCUCACGUGUCCCUACAGGCAACAACACAAGCACAAGUACAGACAAUAUCACAAAGCCUACAAACAAUAUUCUGCCCUCCAUAAACUCAUCAGCACCGGUACAUCCCCAGAGGAGAAAAGUCAGUAGCAGAACUAAACAAGGGAGUUAUCAGCAUUAUCAUCGAGGUGAGGGCAGAGGCCACUACCGCCUCAAAGCUUUGAGGUCUGCUGGAGGGGGCGGCAGUCUUGGAGCUUUAGGGCCGAUAGGUUCGGAGCACCUCAAUUCAUCGCAUUCUGUUUACAAGCAGGCCACAAGUGAGAAUGGCAGCAUCCAUCACAGUCUCUCAGAGAACCAAGCCCGCAUGCUGACGAAUGGAAAGCGGGUGGGAGAGUCGGCAGCCACCAGCCCCUCAGAGGGGAGUGACGGGGGCAGCAGCGGGAGCCGCAAACCCUUCCCUCUACCUCCCUCUGCUGCAAGCAGAGUGACCAUGCACAGCACUCAGAGACGAUGCUCCAGCAGAGACAAUUUAAAAGUGGCCACUUCUGCAGAGCAAGAAACAAAGCGCUGCUCCUAUCCUUUGAAUUGUGUCGCCACCACCAUGCCAGAGGCUGUUUCCCCAAAUGGGACCCUAAGAAACUCUGUGCUCGAGCUAGAGCAGGACAUGAGCGGCACAGACCAAUCCCAGAGUUCUGUUGGAAUGAAGACUGGUUUGUGGAAAAGUGAAACCACAGUAUAAAUUUUGGCAGAUUUCUCUGCUUAUCUUUAAAGAAAUGACUGGGUUGUGUGUUCAUUUUCUCUAAACAAUUAUAUAAUUUAAGAUAUAAUAUCAUGAAGAAUUCCAGGACCCUGAACUGGUACUUCUGCCUCUGUUGCAUUCUAAGUUUGAUGUGUAUUAAUGCAGUCACUGCUAUUGCCAUGUUCAAGCAUACACAUUUAUUUUAAUCACUUUACAAAAGAAUGUGUACAAGAAAUGUUUCAUCUAGGCAUACAAUGUUGUACUUGGAUGUCUAAAGAAAGCUUUAAUGUUUUAGUUGUAAAUUUCCUAUGCAAAUGAACUAUAGCAUAAAAUGGAGUGCAAGCCUUCUCCGUCCAAAGCAAUUCUAUAUGCAUUUAAUCUGAAGGCAACAACCUCUGACACUUAUGUUAUUGUUUGUACUCAUGUAUGCACUUGUACGUUUGCAGUUUUUGUGUGUGUGGUGUGGUGUGUGUGUGUGUGUGUGCGCACACACAUCAAAAGAGCUGUGUUGGAGGGUCGCUGUACAAUCUCAGAGUGAAUUAAAAUUGUGGGACAAUUGACAAUAACAGAUUUAA